AUGUCGUAUGGAGGAGGAUAUGGCGGUGGCGGCGGCCGUGGUGGCGGUAACGGGUACGGAAAUGAUGAUUCCUCAUAUGGCAGAGGCAACUCUUACUCCAAUAGAUAUCCAAAUGGUGGAUCCAAUGGUUACUCUGGUGGUGGAGGUGGCGGUGGAGGUGGUUACGGUGGAGGUGGAGGUGGCAGAGGCGGCGGCGGCGGUGGUGGUGGAAAUGUAAACGGCUACUCUGGAGGUGGUGGUGGUGGCGGAUACGGAGGCGGAGGUGGAGGUGGAUACGGCGGUGGUGCUGCUGGUGGAGACCGCAUGUCCAACCUUGGUGAUGGUCUUCAAAAGCAAAGCUGGGACCUUGACGUCAUGCCAAAGUUCGAGAAAUCUUUCUACAAGGAAGACCCAGUUGUCGCUGCCAGGUCAGAGGAAGAUGUUGCCAAAUUCAGAGCUACACACAACAUCGCAAUUCAAGGUCCAAAUAUCCCAAAGCCUGUCGAGACCUUCGACGAGGCUGGUUUCCCUGCAUACGUCAUGACAGAAGUUAAGGCCCAAGGUUUCCCAGCACCUACUCCAAUUCAAUCUCAGGGUUGGCCUAUGGCUCUCUCUGGACGUGAUGUCGUCGGUAUCGCCGAGACCGGUUCUGGAAAGACUCUCACCUACUGUCUCCCAGCCAUCGUCCACAUCAACGCACAACCACUUCUCGCCCCUGGCGACGGUCCUAUUGUUUUGGUUCUUGCGCCUACCCGUGAGUUGGCUGUUCAAAUUCAACAAGAAAUCACCAAAUUUGGAAAGUCCUCCCGCAUCCGCAACACUUGUGUUUACGGAGGUGUCCCUAAGGGUGGUCAAAUCCGUGAUCUCGCCAAGGGUGUUGAGGUCUGCAUUGCUACCCCAGGUCGUCUCAUUGAUAUGAUUGAGUCUGGCAAGACCAACCUUCGUCGUGUUACAUACCUUGUUCUCGAUGAGGCUGAUCGUAUGUUGGAUAUGGGUUUCGAACCACAAAUCCGUAAGAUCCUUGGACAGAUCCGACCUGACAGACAAACUUGCAUGUGGUCUGCUACUUGGCCAAAGGAAGUUAGAGCUCUUGCUUCUGAUUACUUGAACGACUUCAUCCAGGUCAACAUUGGUUCAUUGGAGCUCUCUGCUAACCACAGGAUUACUCAAAUCGUCGAAGUUGUUUCUGAAUUCGAGAAGCGCGAUAAGAUGACCAAGCAUUUGGAAAAGAUUAUGGAAGACAAGGAUAACAAGAUUCUGAUAUUCACAGGAACCAAGCGUGUUGCUGACGACAUCACACGCUUCCUCAGACAAGAUGGAUGGCCUGCGCUUUCCAUUCACGGUGACAAACAACAAAAUGAGCGUGAUUGGGUAUUGAAUGAAUUUAAGACUGGCAAGAGCCCAAUCAUGGUUGCUACUGAUGUAGCUUCGCGUGGUAUUGAUGUCCGAAACAUUACUCAUGUUUUCAACUAUGAUUACCCUAACAACUCGGAGGAUUAUAUCCAUCGUAUUGGUCGUACAGGUCGUGCUGGACAGACUGGAACUGCAAUCACUCUCUUCACCACUGAUAAUCAAAAGCAAGCGCGUGAUCUCGUGAACGUUCUUACUGAAGCGAAGCAGGUCGUUGAUCCUCGCCUCGCUGAGAUGACCAGAUUUGGAGGUGGUGGUGGUGGUAGUAGAGGAUACGGUGGACGUGGCUACGGUGGUGGUGGCCGUGGACGUGGUGGUGGUGGUGGCAAUUUUUCGUCUUCUAACGUUGCUCCUUUAGGUGGAGGCAGACGUUGGUAA